AUGACUACCUCAACACCAGCCCCAAGCUUCCCUGCAUGGUUUGCGCGUGGUGGAACAUCAAACGGUCUCGUCAUCCACCGUAGAGAUCUUCCUCCAGAAUCUCAAUGGCAUAAGAUACUCCCUUCAGCAAUGGGCUCGCCCGAUCCCUACGGACGCCAGCUCAAUGGCAUGGGCUCGGGCAUCUCGUCGACCUCAAAGAUCGUCAUCCUUGGACCACCUUCGAGAGAAGACGUGGAUGUGGACUUCACAUUUGUGCAAGUUGGAAUACGCGACGGAAGCCUCGAUAUGGCUGGGAAUUGCGGUAACAUGUCGUCUUUGGUUGGCCCUGCAGCGUGGGAUAGUGGGCUGCUGUCGGCUCAGGCGAAGACUGUUGAGCAGGAUGAGAAUGGAUUGCAGUGGGCCACGGUGCGGUUCUUGAAUACUAAUACUAACAAGGUCAUGAGUUCAAAGUUCCGAGUUGAGGGCGAAACUCUCAAGUAUACGCACCAGGGAGAUUAUGUCAUGGACGGGGUCCCAGGGACAGGCUCCAAGAUCAUCAUGAGCUUCAUUGAUCCUGCUGGUGCAAAGACCGGUAAAGCUCUUCCGACUGGAAACCCCGUGGAUGUCCUCCAACUGCAGGACGGAACCAAGAUCAAGGCAUCUCUGGUCGACGUGGGCAAUCCUGGUGUUUUCGUCAGUACUGAAAGCUUGGGACUUGCUGAUCACCUGUCUCUCACGCCAGCUAUCGUCGAGUCAACCCCCGAACUCAAGGAAAAGCUUGGAGAGAUACGUCGAGCCGGUGCUGUUCUCAUGGGUCUCGAUCCCAACACGGAGAGCGUUCCCAAAAUUGUCCUUUUGUUCCCCUCGAGUGGUUCGCCAGACGUUGAUAUCAGAUGCCUUGCUUUGUCGAUGGGCCAGGCACACAAGGCUGUGCCGUUGACUCUAGCGCUCUGCCUCGGGGCUGCUUCCCAACUCAAAGGAACACUUGCGUCAGAUCUGAUAGGGGGCCAGUCAAAGGAGACGAUUUGUAUUGGGCAUCCGAGUGGCAAAGUUGACAUUGGGACUGUCAUUCGAGAUGGGAAGAUUGAGUCUGCGCAACUCUUACGCACGGCCAGGAUACUCAUGAAGGGGGAUUUAUACUACUGA